AUGGCCCCUCGGGCAGACCAUUUGGUUCUGCACGAAACAGACGAAGCAGAUAAUCACACCGCAGUGUUCAUUUACUCUGAACCCUCGGAUUCGUCCAAACUAUCCCCCGCAAGGGUGGAUAUCUCGCCUACAUUCAAGCCGCCGUCUUCAUGGUCAAAGGAUGGUCUGAUUGCUCUGCUUUGCGAUGUCUUUCUUCCUUCUGGAUUUCCGGAUAGCGUGACUACUGACUAUCUGCCUUACCAAAUUUACGACUCUCUCCAAGCAUUCUGCAGCUCAAUCGCUGGCCUCCUCUCAUCACGAGCAGUUCUCCAAGGCAUCGGCGUCGGAAAUGUAGACGCCUCCCCAACAAAUGCUCUCCUCUUGCAAAUCCUCCAAGACACAUCCGGCCGCAUUGCCACGAUCCUCUUCGCCCACCGGGUCGGCACAGCCCUCGAACCAGAAUGCAAGACCUACCGUCUGGCGGCAGAUGUCUUCAACGACAUCGCCAUGAUCAUGGACUGUCUCUCGCCAAUGGUUCCAGCCGGUACGAUGCGCGUAAGCGUUCUCAGUACAGCGGGUGUCUUGCGAGCUCUCUGUGGCGUUGCUGGUGGAAGCUCGAAAGCUAGUCUCAGUGCUCACUUUGCGAAAUGGGGGAAUUUGGCUGAACUUAAUGCAAAAGAUUCGUCGCAGGAAACAAUCAUUUCCCUCGUUGGCAUGCUGGUCGGCUCCGUCAUUGUCUCACACAUCACCGGCUUCAAAAUGACCUGGGCAGCCCUCUUAUUCUUACUAGCCAGCCAUCUAAGUCUAAACUAUGCAGCCGUCCGCUCCGUCGAAAUGACCAGCCUAAACAGACAACGCGCUAGCAUGGUUUUCUCAGCCAUCAUCGAAAGCGAUAACUACGGCACAAAAAAGAAAGUCACUAACCUCCCAAUUCCAACCCCAGCACAGAUCGCACUAAAUGAGCGAAUCCUGGCAAAGGGCUCCCCAUUCUUCUGGUCCUCUCAACGGCAUCCAGAACGACAAUCCCUCGGUACGGCCGAGAUGGGCGUUUCGUUAGCGGAGUUCUUCGCGCGAAGUCACGCAGUUGCGACGAGCACGAGCACGAAUUCGGAGUCAGGCAGCGAUAAAGACAAGGACAGAGCUAAUGCCAUCGCCACCAACACAUCCCGAGCAUUCCACACAACCCUCCCACUAAAGGCCCUGAAAACUCUCUUCGAAAAAGAAGAGUACCUACUCUACUUAACCAACCAAUCCAAAUCCCAAUCCCAACCAUCAAAAUGGCACGCUUCAAUCCUCCUAACACCAUCCGCAACAACAAAAACCCAACUAAAAGCCUGGUGUCAUGCUCUAAUCGUCGCGCGCGCACUCAUCGAGCCAGAGCCAACCUCGACCCGGUCCUCGACCCGAACUCAAAGCCCAGACUCAACUACAGAAAGAGAAUCCACGAACGACGAAAGCACAAAAAAGCCAGAUACAGUCUUCGGAUACAUCUCGGAAACUUUAACGAAAUUAAACGAAGACGGUCGGUUCGAGGGGUAUCUUUCUGCGUUGAGGGGACGGGGAUGGGAUGUGGAUGUUUCGGCUUUGGAAGUUAGGGCUGGACGGAGGGUUUUGAUUGAGUUUGGUUGA